UUCACGUUAGCUGAGAGAACGUCAACGUUACUGUUAGCAGACACCGCUGACAAGUGGUUCCUUCGCUCCAACUGGAACACUAAAUUCUGUUCAUCCGACUAGAGUUACGAGCUGUAAUCGAGGCUCUCCGACGACUGCUUCUCCAAGAUGAGCUUCCUGUUUGGCAGUCGGUCAUCCAAGACCUUCAAGCCGAAGAAGAACAUCCCAGAGGGCUCCCACCAGUAUGAACUGCUGAAGCACGCUGAGGCAACACUGGGCAGUGGGAACCUGAGGCAGGCUGUCAUGCUGCCGGAGGGAGAGGAUCUCAAUGAGUGGAUUGCUGUCAACACGGUGGAUUUCUUCAACCAGAUCAAUAUGCUCUACGGCACCAUCACCGAGUUCUGCACAGAGACCAGCUGCUCUGUGAUGUCUGCUGGACCAAGAUAUGAGUAUCACUGGGCUGAUGGCACCAAUAUUAAGAAGCCCAUCAAGUGCUCCGCGCCCAAGUACAUUGACUACCUGAUGACCUGGGUGCAGGAUCAACUGGAUGAUGAGACCCUUUUCCCCUCAAAGAUUGGAGUUCCCUUUCCCAAGAACUUCAUGUCUGUGGCCAAAACCAUCCUGAAGCGACUGUUCCGGGUUUACGCUCACAUUUACCACCAACACUUUGACUCUGUGAUGCAGCUGCAGGAGGAGGCCCACCUCAACACCUCCUUCAAGCACUUCAUUUUCUUUGUUCAGGAGUUCAACCUCAUCGACAGGCGAGAGCUCGCUCCCCUGCAGGACUUGAUCGAGAAGCUUGGAUCCAAGGACAGAUAGACAUUUCAUCACACCUCUCCCCCUUUUUACCAGUUUAUUUCUCUCCUUUGUCCCGCUCUGUGACGUCUGCUACCUCUACGACUUCUAGUCUCAACUCUUAAAAUCUGUGCCUUCUUCUUCUUUUCAUUUCAUGAAUGUUUGUCCUUUACUUUUCCUUUUAUUCCUUCACUUGUCUUGUAUGCUGUCUUUGAGCCCUUUCUUCCAUUUUGCCACUUUAAAUCAUAUAAAAUAGUGUAGUGUAGAACGAAUAUUUUUUCACAGGACUUUGAUAAAUAAAUCUGAGAGCAACCUACUGAAUUAUAUCUUGGACCAAGGACAUUUGGAAGUUAAAGUGAAAACCAGCUUGUUUCCUUCAGAAGUUGGUGUACAGUGUUUUGAUUGUCCGAACACUCUUUUUUUUCUUUUUUUUUGUUAUCGAUAGGCAAAUUAAUUUUAAGUUUUAGCUUGUGUAAUUACAGUAACUAUAAUAUCAAAUAUUUUUUUAGAUGUUAUUUAGUGUUCAGUGGAGAGUAAAGAUGGCAGGAAAAGUAGUGACAUGACACUUGCAUGACAUUACAAGUGUGGAAAGUAUUUUAAAUCAAAGAGGAAGACGAGCAUAUCGCUCUCCGUCACAAGCUGCUUGAGGAUCUGCUCUUCUACAGAUGUCCACAUGCUGUCUAUUGACACGCUCUGACACAGUUACAUGUUAAGAGCUGCAGUGAGAGACGAUUGUGAGAUGCCUACAUAUGUUCUUGCCCCACAAAAACACCACCAUUAACUGCAUCAUGGCUAUUUCCAAUUUGGUCAUGCAAUAUUGUGUUUUGCACAUUUUCUGGCUAUUUCCUAUAUUAAGAUAGUAUGACGCAAGAUAUGGUGCUUACAGUGAUACCUUUAAACUGCUUGAUAGUUAUUUUUAAAGCUUGUACUUGAAGCUUUUGUAAUUAUGGCCCCAUAAAGGAGUUGUAUAGUAUAAAUUAUCCUGUCGACAGCAAAAACUGUCGAAUGUGUAUUUUUUUGGUCAUUUCAGUUCAUUUUGUGGCGCUGAUUUAUUUGUGGAACGCCACAGAUUUGAAUUUCAAUGCUGGUACUGUUUAACUUUUCCUUCUUUUUAUCUAAAUAUUUCCCUUCUGAAUUGUAAAAUAGAGCAAUAACUAUUGCACCUGUGCAUGAUAAGGAUGAGUGACCAGAGGUAUAUGGAGUUUUACACAGAUGUCUUUAUUCGUCUUGGGGCUUGCUUUCAGUCCUUUCGGCUUCCUCUGGCUACGACAGCAGGGCUGUUCGUACUGCCGUCCUUCUGCAAACGAAUGCAGCUAAUAUUCCUGAUGUUUGAUUUGACAAACCUCAAACAAAUGAAUUGUUCCAGAACCUUUUUUAAAUUGGACAAAAAUGUAAAUCAGACAAUCGUGUAACCAAUUAAGAAACGUUAGAUAACGUAAUAAAACCAGUGGGAGGGUGCAGUGGAAAGUUCAAUGUGAAAAAAACGACAACAAAUUUCAGUUUAGCCGGGACUUAUCCACUCUUGGUCCUCGAGCGGCUUGGGGGAAAUCCAGCCAGCAACCAUUAAGUUAAUCACCGAUAGGCGUAUCAAUAUAUUUUAAAAGGCGGCGUUAUUUCAUCGAUUGUAUUUGAAAAUAUAACUAGUCCUUUCUUUCAAUGCAGCCACAUCUUUUUUUCAUGUAUUGCUUUUUCCUUACAGUUGUUUUCAGCUGUUGGCAUGGGGUUACAUUUCAUAUUACAUUGUAAAUGUACCUUUUUUUAAAAGGAGUACGGGCUUUGAAAUUAAUUUUAAAGUUUUAUAUAUUUACAUUAAUGGUCCAAUGUUGGCAUGUCAUUUUGACUGGGAGGAUGUGUGUACUGCAUCUGAACAUGUGCUGUAAAUAACAUCAGUGUUUUAUCUGAACAAAACUGUGCCUUACAAAAAGGAACAUUUCUGAUAUGACAGUAUUGGUAGAUCAAAACCUUAAUAAACACUGAAAGGACAA